AUGGUUGUUGGCGAAAGCAGAACAGAGCUUCUUAACUGGCUAAAUGCCACUCUCAACCUCAAUUAUUCCAAGGUGGAGCAAUGCGGUACUGGAGCAGCUUACUGCCAGUUGAUGGACUCCAUAUAUGGUGGAGUUCCCAUGGGCAAGGUCAAAUUCGAUUCUAGCCUCAGCGAAUACGAUUCAAGAGCAAACAUGAAGGUCCUUCAGGCCGCCUUUAACAAGCAGCGGAUUCUGAAGCAGAUCGAGGUGGAACGUCUCAUCAAGUGCCGUCUUCAAGACAACCUAGAGCUCCUACAAUGGUUCAAAAGGCACUGGAUGGAACACAAGGACGUCAACGUGGUUUACGACGCAGCAUCCAGAAGAAAACUGGGCGGAGCAAGAACCCCUCUGGGACCCAAUUCCCGCAGAAGCACCAUGACUUCCAACCCACCUAGUGCUGGAUCAAGUUCCAGACCCAGCCGAAUCAGUUCAGGUAGCUAUAAUGGCUCAAGCGAUCCUCCCAUUUCUGUGCCAAAAAGACGUGUUUCCAGUCAAGGCACCGGCAGAGUUACCGAUGACCGUGUUGCUGAGCUCAUGGCGCAGUUGGAGCAGGCCAAGGCAGAGGUGAGUGAAAGCAGAACUAACGUCGAGACACUAGAAACAGAGAGGAAUUUCUAUUUCAACAAGCUACGGGAAAUCGAGAUCUUGACACAGCACAUCGACACCGCUUUUGAGAAGGACGACGCCAGUUCGAAAGAGAUCCAGGGCAUGCCCAUCCAGGAAUUGGUGAAGCAGGUGCAAGACAUACUAUGGCAGAAGGACAACGGGUUCGAGAGCAACGCCGAAGAGAUGGACGCGGAGUUUUUCUACCCUAGCAGGCUUCUGCAAAGCGGGCCUUCGCUCUCGAGGGGCUUCGUUGCCAGACGUAUCUCCGAAGGAGAAUCAGGUCGGAUGAAGCUGCAACUCAACUGUGAGGCUUGCGGCAAGGGUUACAAACACGUUUCAUCGCUAGCAAAGCACCUCUGGGAACACACGCCGGAGUGGAAGAUGACAAAGAAAUUCGUCAUGUCGAAGCACCAGCAGGUGCAGUUGCUUGAAGCUGCAUCGAUUUUGGUCGGCAUGAACGACCCGGUUCCCGAAGACGAAGUUCUGGAGCCUUCAAGCUUGCGCAUGCAGAGAAGAUUGUCACAGCGGCCCGAAUCGCUUCGCUUCAGUGACUCCUUUGGCACCUCUGGCGGCUUUGAAGUCGAGCAAAACCCUCAUGCUGCGCUGGACAGAUCUCUUUCCUUUUCUGCCCACCCACCGCUGGCGGUUGAAAUCUCAAGGCUUUAUCCAGGCCAUGUAGGCGGCUACAUUGAUGUCCCUAGUCGGGAACAUAUCAUCAAGCGGCGUGAAAGCGAGGUGAAGGAGGAGUCGGAGGAAGCUGCCGAGUCCGACGAAGAGAUAAUCGGCAAGAUGGAGUAG